GAGUCGCGACCAUUGAACAGAAUGAUUGGAAAAUCGGGGCGUCGCGGACGGCUCAAGUGAAUUGUUUUUUGCUCAACUAUCAAUGGAAAUUUUUGCAUUCUGAUCAAUCACGUGGCUCAAUCCUGAUGCAGCAUCGCAUACGCUGCUCUGCAUUGAUAAAUCCCAUAAUCAAAACAAUAACAAUUGCUGUGAUUUUGUGAAUGUUGUGGCAAAGUGAAGCUUUAGCUUGUUUAAUUCUUUCUGCAAGCUUGUGAAAUAGUAGCUCGUAAUUUACAUAACCAUGGAGGCAAAUAAAUUGCCACCCAAUCCGCGCGAAUCGGCCGGUAUAUUAUCCUCAUUAAUGUUCUGCUUUGCCCUGCCCAUUCUUUUCAAGGGACGCAAGCAGCGGCUCCAAGCAACCGAUCUGUACAAAACCUUGGAAGAGCACCGGGCCCAGAAACUGGGAGAUGAAUUCUUUCGUACCUGGGAGGAUGAAGUGGCGCGAUGCCGCCGCAAAGAGACGGAUUCCAAAUCCAGGAGGGAACCGAGUAUCCUAAGGGUCAUUGGACGUGUCUUUGGUGGGCAGCUCCUCAUAUCUGGCUUCAACAUCGCUAUCCUUGAGCUCGGCAGCAGGGCCACUGUGCCUCUCCUUUUGGCCGGGCUGAUAGCGGAGUUCACUGAACACGGAAAUGGAAGCUCCACCGCAGCACAGAUCUAUGCCAUACUCCUGAUAGUGUGCAUUUUGGCCAGUGUCCUCCUCACGCAUCCAUAUAUGAUGGGUAUGAUGCAUUUGGCCAUGAAGAUGAGGGUGGCAGUAAGCGCCGCCAUUUAUCGCAAGGCUAUUCGACUGAGUCGCACUGCCAUGGGGGAUACCACCAUUGGGCAGGUCGUCAACCUGCUCUCCAACGAUCUCAAUCGUUUCGAUCGUGCCCUCAUCCACUUCCACUUUCUGUGGCUAGGACCGUUGGAGCUGCUGAUUUCGUCCUAUUUUCUUUACCAGCAAAUUGGAGUGGCCUCCUUCUACGGCAUCAGCAUCCUGAUCCUGUACCUGCCGUUGCAAACCUACCUGAGCCGAGUUACCUCUAAGCUACGCCUGCAAACUGCUCUGCGAACGGAUAAGCGCGUGCGGAUGAUGAACGAGAUCAUCUCGGGAAUUCAGGUGAUCAAGAUGUACACCUGGGAACGACCCUUUGGACGACUAAUUGAACAGCUUCGGCGCAGUGAGAUGAGCUCCAUUCGGCAGGUGAAUCUGCUGCGCGGUGUUCUGCUCUCCUUCGAGAUUACGCUGGGACGCAUUGCCAUCUUUGUGAGCCUUCUGGGAUUUGUACUGAUGGGCGGCGAGCUGACGGCUGAGCGCGCAUUCUGUGUUACCGCCUUUUACAACAUCCUCAGGCGCACAGUGUCUAAGUUCUUCCCCAGCGGAAUGUCUCAGGUAGCCGAGUUGCUGGUUUCCCUACGUCGCAUCCGGGACUUCAUGAUGCGGGAAGAAUCCAACAUCAUAGAUCUUACAGAGGAAGUUGACGAAAAGCCUGAUGAAGAGCAGAAAUUGCUUGGUAAAAACGUGGACAUUGGAGUGCAAAAUGGAAAGACACCGGACACCCUUGUCAGCAUAGAAGGCUUGAAAGCUCGAUGGGAUAAGGAACACCACGAUCCGGUGUUGGACAGCAUUAAUAUGUCCCUCAAACGUGGCCAGUUAGUGGCCGUAAUUGGUCCCGUUGGAUCUGGCAAGUCCAGUCUAGUACAAGCUAUUCUGGGGGAACUCCCACCCGAAGCUGGAAGCGUCCACGUUCAUGGCAGAUACUCCUAUGCCUCCCAGGAGCCUUGGCUCUUUAAUGCCUCGGUACGUGACAAUAUUCUGUUUGGGCUGCCCAUGGACAAAUACCGCUACCGUACUGUGAUCAAAAAGUGUGCCUUAGAGCGCGACUUGGAGCUUCUAAACGGCGAUGGAACUAUAGUGGGAGAACGAGGUGCCUCCCUAUCCGGUGGCCAGAGGGCAAGAAUCAGCUUGGCUAGAGCUGUGUACCGCAAGGCGGAUGUUUAUCUUCUGGAUGAUCCCCUCAGUGCAGUGGACACUCACGUGGGUCGGCAUCUCUUCGACGAAUGCAUGCGCGGCUACCUUGGAGACAAACUAGUGGUUUUGGUCACGCAUCAACUGCAAUUUCUGGAGCACGCUGAUCUAAUAGUGAUCAUGGACAAGGGAAAGGUCACGGCCAGCGGAAGUUAUAAGGAAAUGAUUAAAAGUGGCCUGGACUUUGCCCAACUGUUGGCCGAAAGCACUCAAAAUGCAGAAGAUCAUGAACUGGAAAAGGCUAAUGGGUUAUCGAGACAAAGCAGCACUCGGAGCACUGACAGCACGGUCGACAGUGGCUCUUCCCAUGAGUCUUUGGUAGAAAAGAACAAGGAGCCACUUAAACCGAAAGGAGCCACCGGACCUGUCCAGGAAUCGACUAGUGGUGGAAAAAUUGGAAUAGACAUGUACAAAAAGUACUUCUCCGCCGGUUGCGGAUGCAUAAUAUUUGGCCUGCUGGUCCUUCUCUGCGCUGGAACCCAGAUCCUGGCUUCUGGAGGGGAUUAUUUCCUUUCCUACUGGGUGAAAAACAAAGCAUCUUCAUCUUCUUCGUCAUCGCUGGAUAUUUACUACUUUACUGCCAUUAAUGUCGGACUUGUUAUCUGUGCCUUGCUCCGCACUCUGCUCUUCUUCAAUGUGACCAUGCACUCCUCUACGGAGCUGCACAACUCCAUGUUCCGAGCCAUCUCCCGCACCGCUCUCUAUUUCUUUCACACCAAUCCGUCGGGUCGCAUCCUCAACCGCUUCGCCAUGGACCUGGGACAGGUGGACGAAGCUCUGCCCGCUGUUAUGCUGGACUGCAUCCAGAUUUUCCUCACGCUGACGGGCGUACUGUGUGUGCUAUGCAUCUCCAAUCCCUGGUAUCUGAUCAACACGUUCGUCAUGCUACUAGCAUUUUAUUACUGGCGGGACGUCUAUUUGAUGACCUCUCGGGAUGUGAAGCGCGUGGAGGCAGUUGCCCGAUCGCCCAUGUACUCCCAUUUCAGUGCUACGCUGGGAGGCCUGCCUACCAUUCGAGCCAUGGGAGCCCAACGAACUCUGAUCGCUCAAUACGACAACUACCAGGACCUGCAAAGCUCCGGUUACUAUACGUUCGUGACCACCAGUCGGGCAUUUGGCUACUACCUUGACCUGUUCUGCGUUGCCUAUGUUAUAUCCGUGAUUUUGAACAGCUAUUUCAACCCACCGCUAGGUAAUCCCGGACAGAUUGGUCUCGCCAUUACCCAAACGCUGAGCAUGACGGGUAUGGUGCAGUUUGGAAUGCGUCAGUCCGCCGAACUGGAGAACUCGAUGACAUCCGUAGAGCGGGUUCUGGAGUACAACGACCUUAAAUCCGAGGGUGAAUUCACCUCGCCGGCUGACAAACAGCCGCCUAAGAGUUGGCCUGAAGAGGGAGCGGUUGUGGCCAAGAACCUCAGCCUAAGAUACAUUCCUGAUCCCACAGCUUCUUAUGUCCUCCGGGGCCUGAACUUUGUGAUCAAGCCCCGUGAAAAAGUGGGCAUCGUGGGACGAACUGGGGCGGGAAAGUCUUCUCUGAUCAACGCCCUUUUCCGGCUCUCUUACAACGAGGGGGCCAUACUCAUAGACGAACGGGACACAAACGCUAUGGGUCUGCAUGAUCUGCGAAGCAAGCUCUCGAUUAUUCCCCAGGAACCUGUUUUAUUUUCUGGUACUAUGCGCUACAAUUUGGAUCCAUUCGAACAGUAUCCUGAUGAAAAGCUGUGGCAGGCUCUGGAAGGGGUCCAUUUGAAGGAGGAAAUCUCCGAGCUCCCAACAGGUCUGCAGAGCAGUAUUUCCGAAGGCGGCACCAACUUCAGCGUGGGUCAGCGCCAGUUGGUCUGCCUGGCCAGGGCCAUUCUUCGAGAAAACCGCAUCCUGGUGAUGGACGAGGCCACGGCCAAUGUGGACCCCCAGACAGACGCCCUCAUCCAGGCCACCAUUCGGAACAAGUUCAAGGAGUGCACCGUGCUGACAAUAGCCCAUCGCCUGCACACGAUCAUGGACUCGGACAAGGUGCUGGUCAUGGACGCAGGUCAGGUUGUGGAGUUCGGUUCGCCAUAUGAACUGCUUACGGAGUCGGACAGCAAAGUGUUCCACGGGAUGGUCAUGCAGACGGGGAAGACAAGUUUUGAUCAUCUUUUAAAAAUUGCACAAGAUGCCAAGGAAAAACAUCUUAAAAGCGAAUAAGGACGCAUUUAUUUUAAACCAUAACGGGUCUUUUACUUGUGUAAAUAAAAAACGGAUAUAAAAAAUGGUACUUAAAACAAGAGGCAAAAACUUAAAAAAAAUUUAAAC